AAAUUUAAGUGAGAGGUUACCAGGUUAUAAGCAAACUAAUAAUAGAGCUGAGAUAACGGCUAUAAUACGUGCACUGGAAACAUGUACUGAUCUUGAUAGUCCAUUAGAAAUCAGGACAGACACAUAUUAUGAAUGGAUUCCAAAUUGGGAAAAAAAUGGCUGGAAAAGUCGAAAUAAAGAUGUGGAAAACAGGGAUCUUUUUAUAAAAUUAACAAAUUUAAUUAGGGCAAGACCGGGCCAUGUUAUAAUUACACAUGUUCGUGGUCAUCAAGGUUUAGCUGGUAAUGAAGGUGCUGAUAAAUUGGCAAAUUUAGGCGCUCUAUUGCCAGAUGUUGAAGAAGAUGAUAGUUAA